AUGGAUUCUUCUCGGCAAAACCCCUACGGGAACUACCAAUCUCUCUACCCCGAGGUCGUCCGGACGAAUCCGGAGCUGCAUUCUCCCUUCGUCUCGUCCGCUGCCGACAGCACCCGCGGCGGAGCUCUCUACCCAUCGCUCGACCAUCCAACGUCUGCGCCGGCGGCAUCUUCGGGUUCCAGUUCCUUGUAUCCCUCCAUCGAGAUGAAGGAUCUCGUCGAUAAUCUCUUCCCCGACGCGGAGGAGGUUGGUUCAGCGCCUGGGAACCCUAACCUCGGCCACCCCCCCGUGGAGGAGACCCUCGUCCGCGUCCCUGGUGCGAUCCUCCACCUCAUCGACAGACAGCGCAGUUUGGAUCUCGGAUCCGGCGACUUCUCCGUGGUCCGCCUUCAGCAGGGGGACAACGUCAUCGCCGUCCUCGCCCGCGUCGGGGACGUUGUCCAGUGGCCCCUCGCGAAGGACGAGGCGGCCGUUCGUCUCGAUCACUCCCGUUACUUCUUCUCCCUCCGUGUACCGGAGGGAUCUUCCGACGUAGGCGGGGACGACGCUCGCCACAGUGGCGACGGGUCAGAUAAUCUUCUAAACUACGGGCUCACCUUCGCGUCCAAAGGGCAGGAGGCCCUGCUUGAGGCGCUGGACGGAAUCCUCGCCUACUACACCAAUUUUUCCCUUCAGAAGGUUGAAACAAAGGCCGAGGUAUUGGAUGAAUCCGUGCCGAAGGAGACCUCGCCGGCGGAGGUGGCAACAUCAGGGCCGAAGAGGGAGAAGAUAGAGAAGCUUUCAGCCGCCUACUGGACGACCCUGGCGCCAAACGUCGAGGACUACAGCGGGUCCUUGCCUCGGGCGAUCGCCAGGGGAUCAGGAUAUCUCAUCAGAGGGAUCUUGUGGUGCGGAGAUGUGACUGUGGACAGGCUGAACAGGGGGAACGACGUGUUGAAGAACAGGAUGUCACCCAACUCAAAGCCGACGGAGAUCAGUGAGCAGGCGUUGCGCAGGAUGAGGAGGUGAGCUCAUGCCAGCCCUCAUGUUCCUCUUCUGUUGGUCGAAAUUACUGGUCCCCAACCCAUAACCUGGAAAUAGCUCAUGAGGAACGAGGUGAAGAACAUUAUUCUUCCUUGCCUUCUGCUCGAAGACCACAUAUUGGUGAUUUCUGAUGGGUGCUAAUGCGCGGCAGGGUCAAGAGGGUCACAAAGAUGUCUGAGAAAGUGGCCAAUGGCGUCUUAUCAGGAGCCUUGAAAGUAUCCGGCUUUGUCACGAGCUCUGCCGUCAAUUCAAGAGCGGGCAGGAAGUUUUUCAGUCUCUUACCGGGGGAGAUUGUUCUCGCUUCUCUUGAUGGCUUCGGUGCGUAAUCCCCCACCCCUUAUGACCCUUAAUAUGAUUUCUUCAGUCUGAGAUUGUUGAUUUUCUCUCCUUGAUAUUUUGAGCUAUAUUUUCUGCCGAAUUAUAGUCGAGAUUGUUUUUACUCAUUCAAUGCAACCCUGCCCAUCUGUGUAUGAUGGAAGAUGUAGAAUUUCUUGCCGGUUCCACCAUGGGUUUUCUCUCUCGUAGCCAUUAUUGCGGGUGAUAGCUGUGCCCUAGCCGCUCUGCUCCAUACACAAUACACGAAGAAAUUGCUCUCGGAACAUCGCCUAUUCCCCUCCAUGCCCUCUUCAACAAGGUUCGGCGAUAUAUUCUCGUCUAACAUCAUACUCGGUCCUAGAAGAUUUCGCCAUGUUUUUCUCAAGAUCUGGGUCACUAUCUCUGUUGAAGAGGCCGAUCGAAGCUGUCUCCAGUCCCUAGUCAAACAUUAUUCAAAAUCCUUUAUGUGGCGGCGAAAUCAUUACCUAUAACUUCUCUACAUUAUACUCGGUCCUAGAAGAUUUCGCCAUGUUUUUCUAAGGAUCUGGGUCACUAUCUCUGUUGAAGAGGCCAAUCGAAGCUGCGCCUAGUCAAACAUUAUCCAAAUCCUUUAUGUGGCGGUAAAAUCUACAACUGUUGACUUAUCUUGAAGGUAGCUGAACUGGGAUGACCAUCGCCAUCAUCGAUGACAGACUCUUUGAUGGAGCUGAGAGUUAUAACCUGAUUUGGUCUAAUAUAUUGAUUAAAUAUGUUCUUCCGUGAUCAUUGUACAUAAAAUGACACUGACUAAUCCUCAUGAUUUUUUGAGCUUCUCUGAAUCACCAGUUGUUCUGAUAUAUUUUGCUUUGGUCUUUUGAUCUGGUGAACAGCCAGAGUCGGCGAUGCGGUGGAAGCAGCCGGAAAGAAUGUCCUGUCUACCUCCUCCACUGUGACAACGGAAGUCAUAUCCCACAAGUAAUCCUCCUCAUCUCAUUGCAUGCAGCUGUUCUUGUUGCCCAUCUGCCCGCGAUCCUCAGAAAAUAUCUAGAAAUCAUCUCAACCCAGCUAGGAAUCUCUUGAUGAGCAGUUCAUCCUGUUCAUGCCCACUUUUGGGCAAUCCUUCAAAGUAGUGGGUAAAGAACCGAUUUUUACAGCAAUCUCCGAGACCCAUAAUCAUUUAUCUCGUGCUGAUCAUGUUCUUCCUCCUGUUCUCUGAGAAGGUACGGUGAAGGAGCGGCCAAGCUCACUAACGAAGGCCUCCAUGCCACUGGGCAUGCAAUGGGGACGGCCUGGGCUGUCUUCAAGCUUCGGAAGGCGCUCAACCCCAAGAACUCCAUCAAGCCGACGUCGAUCGUGAAGUCAGCGGUGAAGGCCGCCGCCUCCAAGUCAAAGGCCAAGCAGUGA